AUGGAAACCAAACUAACACCGCUAGUAGAUGCAUUGAAAGCCAAGAAAAAAGUGUGUCUCUUUACAGGAGCUGGUGUCUCAACAGCAGCCGGAAUCCCCGAUUUCAGAAGUCCUGACACAGGACUAUACUCCAACUUGGCAAAACUCAAUCUCCCCUAUGCAGAAGCUGUGUUCGAUAUCGAUUUCUUUAAGGAGAACCCUAAACCAUUCUACACAUUGGCCGAGGAGCUAUUUCCUGGUAAAUACGCACCAACAAAGUUUCAUUACCUAGUCCGAUUACUCCAGGAGAAAAGUCUCUUGAAACGGGUCUAUACUCAAAAUAUCGAUAUUUUGGAUCGACUCGCCGGUGUUCGAGAUGAUCUCAUAAUUGAGGCUCAUGGCUCAUUUGCAACUAGUCGUUGCAUUGAUUGUAAAAAGGAGGUGCCGAUUGAAAAGUUGAAAGUGCUAAUGAAGGAGAAAGUACCCACCUGCCACCAUUGCAAAGGAUACAUCAAACCCGACAUCACAUUCUAUGGAGAAGGAUUGCCGUCAAAGUUUUUUGAAACUUGGGACAAGGAUUGCGAUGAUGUAGACGUUGCCAUAAUAUCAGGCACUUCAUUAACUGUGUACCCCUUUGCUUCACUCCCUUCCAGUGUCGACAAGAGUUGCCUUCGAGUAUUGGUGAAUAGGGAGAAAGUUGGCGACUUGGGUCGAAGGAAGAAGGACACUGUUGUGCUUCUGGAUUGUGACGAGUUUGCAGAAACUUUGGCUUCUUUGCUAGGCUGGAAAGAUGAACUUGACAAGUACUACAAGGAAGGUCAAAGAAAGUACGGAGCGAGCCAGAAACCUGUUGAAGAUGAAUUGGAAACGAUUGAUCGGAAGUUAAAGGAAGAGGCUGGUGUGGAUAAAUCUGACAAAGGUAAGGAUGCAAAUUAUGCAAAAGAUGAUGAAGAUUUGGAGAAGAUGAUUGACAAGUUGAAGAUAUAA